UAAACAAUUGAACAAAUCAAAUAAAGAGAUCAAUUAGAAAAUAAAUCAUCAACAUUUCAAUUGACUUUUUAAAGUUCCGCGAUGUGACGUAUGAGGCGGAAGGGUCAUCUUAGUUAUGCGGGCCAUCGAACAAUAGUAGAUCUUUUCAAGAUUUAUUACUCGAUUAGGUGCUGUUGAUGGUGGUGUGUGGUGUCGACAGCGAGGGUGAGAUGGUUUAUGGUUGGAGAUAGCUCUCUCCUCCCCGCAUUUUAAAUGUCAGCUAUUUUCCCUAGGGUGGUUUUUCCCCAGACGGACGAGAGUGGAUCGACAGCGUAUGACGUCCGGAUGAACAAAUCCAACAGAAGGUUCGAGCGAAUCGAAUAGGCAAUGGGAUGGAUGCUCGACACUUAUUCAUUCCCAUAGCGUCGCACGCCUGUCGUCAAAUAUGAAGUCACCCCAUCACGAGACAGUCAGCAGUUUGGAGUAGGGUGGGUGACCUACCUUUCGGGGGCGAAAGAGCUAUAUAGAGCUCCCAAGCUUCCUCUAGUUUCUCUCCAGAUAACUUUCAGACAUACUCAAACCAAAGCAAAACAAACCAACAACUAAAUCAACUAUCUCAAGACAAUACUUGAACAAUACUUGCAAUCAUGCCUGCGGACGAGCACGGAUUAACCGACAACGCUGUCAUGGAGGCCCACGACAUGAUACAUCAUGCCGAACAAGAAGAGCAUGAGUACGAGGCCGCCAUGAAGCGAGGCAUCACGGAUGAAGCCGCCGAGGCUGAAUAUACCUUCAUCCACGGAGCUGAGCAGCGAGCCGCUCGAGAAGAGCAAAGGAGACGUCACUCUAUUAGCAAGGUCAAGAAGACCUUGGAGCGGUUCAUUCCGGGGAAACAUUAAACAAAGAUGCUUGGCUAGCAGAAAGAGAAAGAGAUUGAAACAUUGCUGU